UUGUUGAUUUUAAUUUAUUUUUGUAUAUUCUAGGAAUGUUAUGUGAGAGCUUUCUUUGGACUAUUGCCUAUAGAAAAAACUUUGAUAAUGAAAGUUUAACAACCAUAAAACAAGAAGAAAAUGAAAGAGUGAGAGAAAUGACUGCUAUCUGUAACAUGGCAGGCACAGUGCCAGAUAUACAAGACAAGACCAUUCUGGAUAGAUGUAAAAAUUUGGGCAAUACUAUAUCUUCUGUCAAGAUUAAGAAACAAAGCGAAUCAGUUCAAGACAUUCCCCCCAAACUGCCUAAAGCUCAACAAAGCAUCAGACAGACAUCACCUGUUGUUGAUAUCCCAGUAAUUUCUCACAGCAACAAAGAAGCAUACUUGGUUCCCUCCUCUUGCAAGAGCAUUUGCAAGGACUACAAUGACUUGCAUAUUGCUGGUGACCAGGUUAUGCCAAUUAAUUUGACUUUUUCUGAACUGUCAACUGACAAUACUUUUGAAUACACUGAAGGUCCAUUUCUUCAGUCUUAUGAAAUCCCGAUUCCAGUAACAGAAACUCCCAGACCUUCUCUUGAUUACAUAAAGAAACCUCUGAAAGGAGAUUCUUCAUGUUGGCGAGUGAACAGCAUCAAGGAUAAAAGCAUUCUUCAAGAUAGUCUUCCAAUGUCCAAUUCCAUGCUGAAUAACUACCUGGAGCAAAAAAUAAUGGAGCUGUACAAGCAGUAUAUGAUGGAAAGUAUGCUCAAUAGCAACUCGCCAGCCAAGAUCAUGGCUUCAGAACUGAUCCUCAAUAACGUGGACCAGAUAACUUUGCAGAUCUCAAAAGAUCAGAACAUGGAGACCACAAAAGCCAAAGAUAUGGUUAUUAGCUGCUUGUUAAGGGUGGCAAGCAGCCAGCAGUCAAGUGAAUUAAGCACUCCUCAGCUGCAGAUUUCUAGUGAUAAAAGUAUAACUAAUUAAAAGGAAGUGGUCGUGUUUGAAACUCAACGGUACAAAUGCAUUUUUAUGAAAUAUCUGAGGUGUACCAUAUACAAAUAUCACAGCACCAGUAACGCGCACUGCACGAUAACGUGGAGUGAAUACACUUGACUUGAGCAUUCAUAGUUUUCAUACUCUUUCUCUGUAUGCUUAGCAUUCAUUUGCUCAGAGGUUGAUGCACUUGCUGUUUCCUGAGCAGCUCUUCUUUUCUCCACCCAAGCGUCCCACUUGUUCUCUUAUUUAAUCAGCAUCUUUUUGUGUUAAAACUGAUUAAGUUACUGUUUGUGUUUCAAUUACUUAGUAAGUUUUCUUUAAUUUUUCACUUAAGCUGGCACUUAAGUCUUCAAGCUGCCUCAAGAAUGAUUUAAGAUAUGAACAGGUAGGGGAAGUGACAGCGAAGGUGGUAGGGAUGAGAACAGCGUCCGUAGGCAUGCGCCGCACGGCUGCCCUGCUGAUCGCUGCUGAGAGUUGCUUCUAAAAUAAAAUAAAAUAAAAUAAAAAUAAAAAGAGGAAUAACCUUGGAGGUCAAUCAUCACCCCAAAAGCGGAUAGUAGACGUCACAUAGUAUAUGUGUACCAAAUUUCAGGUCAAUAGGUCAAACAGUUUGCGAGCU